CCGUUUGCCCCACACCGAUCCAAACCUAAUCACAGAUCGAGGAAGAAGCUAGUAGGAGGCGGAGGAGCCGCAGCCCAGCCAAGACCCGACCCCGUCUCCCUCCCAAGGCCGAACGAGCCCUCGCCAUGUCCUGCUCCGUCGCCAUCCCUAGCUCGCCGGUCUUCUCCCCGUCGCGCCGCCCGCUCUCCUGCAAGGCCGCCUCCGCCUCGCCCGAGUCCGUCUCCGUCUCCGUGUCCUCCCCGGCGCCCUCCACCGCCGGCUCGCCGCUCCGGCCCUUCGGCCUGCUGCGCGCCCAGAUCCGCGACGAGGCCUCCCCGUCGCCUAAGACGUCCUCCGCGGCCCCCUCCGGAUCGGUGCUCAAGAGGCGGCGGCCGGCGCCGCUCAUGGUGCCGGUCGACGGCGCCGCGGCCGCCUCUGCCGCGGCGGCGGCCGUGGCCGCCGUGGAAUCGGAUCCGAGCAACGAGGUGGAGGAGGAGGGCGACGAGUUCGCGGCAUACUGCCGGAGGGGGAGGGGGAGGAGAAGGGUGGAGAUGGAGGACCGGCACGUGGCCAAGCUCGCGCUCGGUGGAGACCCCCAAGUGGCGCUGUUUGCUGUAUUCGAUGGCCACGGCGGAAAGAACGCGGCAGAGUUCGCUGCCCAAAACAUGCCCAAGUUCAUGGCAGAGGAGGUGAGGAAAGUGGACGCUGGCCACAGCGAUGAAAUCGAGGGAGCUGUAAAGAAAUGUUACCUGAAGACGGACGACGAGUUCCUCAAGAGGGAGGAGAGCGGGGGAGCAUGCUGCGUCACUGCAUUGAUCCAGAAGGGCGGCCUCACCGUCUCCAACACUGGAGAUUGCCGUGCUGUCCUCAGCCGGGCAGGAACGGCGGAGGCACUCACCUCUGACCACCGGGCCUCCCGCGACGAUGAGAGGGAAAGAAUUGAGAACCUGGGCGGGUUCGUUGUGAACAACCGAGGGACAUGGCGAGUGCAGGGCUCCUUGGCAGUGUCAAGAGGCAUCGGUGAUGCACACCUCAAGCAAUGGGUGGUGGCUGAUCCAGAUACCAGGACACUCCUUGUUGACCCACAGUGCGAAUUCUUGGUACUUGCCUCUGAUGGCUUGUGGGAUAAGGUGGAUAACCAGGAAGCCAUAGACAUAGCCAGGCCUCUCUGCAUCGGCAAUGACAAGGCUUCUAGCAUGGCUGCUUGCAGAAGGCUUGUCGAAACCGCGGGUUCCAGGGGGUCUACCGAUGACAUCAGCGUUUUGAUCAUACAAUUGCACAAGUUCUCAGGUUCUUCUUAACUUGACAUUGCUGGAGGAACUGGACUCACACUGUAGGAAGUAGGGCUAACAUAGUGGUGUAUCAACCCAGGUGCGAAGGAUAGGCUGAUACCCAUAUGUUAAUUGCAAGCAAAAUUUUAGGCGUGGUUGCACCAUUUUGCAAGCAUUCGACUCUUUUCGUAGUACCAUUCUUUAUGUACUUAAUUUAAUUCCAUUCAUUCAUUCUUUGAUUCUAAUGUAAUAAGGCAGGGUUAGUGCUCACCUCAUACUAGAAGAGGCUGUUGUUGUAUGUACAUGGUUGACUGGUACAUGGAUUCCAUAUAAUUGCCUCAUUGCUUAUUUCCACCAA